AUGGAGGGUUGCGUGACCCGCGCGUGCGCGCUGGCCAUCGCCACCGCGGCGUGCGUCUGCCUCCCCGGCGCGCUCGUCUACGCGAUCGUCCGGGUCGCGGCGGCGCGGCGCUUCGGCGCCACCUUCGCGCUCGCCAUCGUCCUCGUCUUCUGGUUCACCGUCAGCGCCGCUUACUACCCGCGCGUCUGCGCCGACCUCAUCCCCUGGUCCGCGCUGCUGCGCCGCCUCCGUCGCCAGCGCGCGCCGCGCCCCAGGCACCACCCGCCCGGUGGCGGCGCUGGCGCCGUCGUCGCCGCCAGUAGCGCCAUGGCGUUGCCGCUGCCUGCAGUGGCGGAAAGACAAGGAGGCCACGGCGGCACGACCACGCUUCCGCAGAAUCCGCCGCUUGUGCCGCCGCCGCCGCUGCCGUGCGUCGUCACUAAUGGCACCCUGGCGUCGUACGGCCGGCGGCAGCGGGACGACGGCGCCCUGUUGCCGCUGUUCGUGGUGCGGAGACAAGGCUACGGCGGCAUGGACGCGCUUCCCCGGGAGCCACCGGCCGCGCGGGCGGCGGACGACGGCGAGGCGCCGUGCAAGCGCUGCGCGGUGUGCCUGUGCGACGUGGAGAAGGUGGAGACGGCGGCGUGGCUGCCGGUGUGCCUGCACAUGUUCCACCGCCACUGCAUCGACCAGUGGCUGCACCAGCACGGCCACUCGACGUGCCCGAUCUGCCGGUGCGACGCCUUAGCCGCGCCGCUGCCGGGAGACGGCGGCGAUAUCUGA